AUGGCGAACGACAAGAUGUAUGAUGUGCUUCCAGGCCGGGAGUCCGCAGUCUACGAUGGCACCAAAGGAAACGAAGCGCCUCAUGUCGCCUCGGAGAAGGCCAUUAACAUGGACGACGAGCCUGCAUUUCUUGAGAACUCUCCGACCAACAUGCUCAUCACCCGAGUCAUCCAGACCUCUACCUCAUGUAAUGCUGACCCUCUCCGGAUGAUGGAGGAAAUGUGGUGGUUCACCGUGGCCCGUAUCGAAGUCGACCCCGUGCAGCAGCCUACCGACUCGACCGUGUGGCAAGGCUCGCGCCUUGUAUUGACGAAUAUGAAGACGUAUAUCUUUGUGAGUUUCCUGACCCAGUCGCCCUUGUUCCUCUGA